CUGCCCUCUCGUGACGCCAAACAGCAGUCAUAACACUUGAAGAUGGUAAAACCUUGAAGAGGAGCAGCAACAUCGGCGACGACAGGUAGAUCAGAUGGAGAUCCAAACCAUGGUUCUUGGCAAAACCAUGGCCAAGGAUAAUAGCAGCCUUGGCUCCAAGACACGCCUAGUCUCUGUUCUUGUUGGCAUUUCCUUUGGCAAACAUGUCAAAAGAAGCACGACGGCCGGCCAUGCGUGACUGACAUGAGCUGCUUGUCUGAACGCCGCCUAUAACAAUCCAUCGACUUUCGCCGUGUCAACUGAGGCAGCCUCGUAUCUGCACCUGCCCGGAUUUAAGCUGGACCAUGGCCGAUCGUUCUUCACACCGGCACUCGAAUGCCUCGGAUUCCGACUCUCAACACACCUUCCACAUCGCUCAAAAUGCUCCCUCGACACUACCAAAGCCACCGGCGCCCGCGGUCGUCCGCAACUCGCAAGGAGAGCUGAAUGAGAAACAUGAGGCUGGUAGCGACCAUGAUCUCGAGAAGCAGACCAACGUGUCGCCUCGCAGGAGUCGAGAAAUGGCCGAGCGAUAUAAUCCUUACUUUGCUCGCUCUCCCUACCAGUCCAGCAUGUCUUCGGACGAGGACAACGAUCUGGUAGAUCAACGUUUACACCUCGAGUCCAAGGCCAUCAAGAUUUUGCUCUACCUAUCUGGUCCUUGUGUCUUACUCUCCGGUCUACUGUGUAUCUGGUCGCUGGUCGUCACCCUUUUCACCGUCCUCACCUACCCUCUACGAUUCUUCUCUGCUUCCCGCCGAUCACUGUCUGAAGAACUUCGCUCCCUUCUUGCCCGAUCAAACCGUCUUCAACUCCGAGCAAUCUACUCGUUCAACAUCACCCAAGGAAAGAGUGUCUCAAGCCUGCUACUGGUUCAUGUUCUGUCGCCUUUCACUGCCAUGGCCGUCUCGCUCAGCGCUUGGGCUGUCGCUAUCUACUGGAUCUUCGCUGCCAUGAUUGGUGAUCCGGACGGUACUGAAGGUGGAAAUGACGGUAGAGCUACUGUCCUAGGCCUCAGAGCCUACUGGGAAAUGUGGCUUUGCAAGGCCAUGGUCCAAUAACACACUCUAGACCCCGCGGGCGCCGAUGCUAUCACCCUGAUGCUUCGGCCCACUCAGAGCAGUGUUCACUCUUCCACUCUUAUCUGCGAAUUUUGUGCCAUUCAGGCUCCCGGAUUUCUUUGUUUUUACCAUCUAGCAAGGUGUUGGAGGAGUUUUGCAUUUUUAGGCCGGUCUCCCCACCUCGCCCACGACCACGACGACAAGGCGAUUUCCGCCAUGCUUUUUUUUUCCAAUUUGCUCAUUUUCAGAACUAUACCACUCAGCGUCAAUACUAUUAUUAUUAAACCCCACCAAUUUCAUACAUCAAUUCAU